ACGGACCAAUUACAUCCAACCACUCUCCCGAGUCCUACCGUUGACCCAGCCUCAUCCCCGGGUUGGGGGGCACGUCGAUCGACAUCCACAGAUCGAAAUCCGGGGCAGGGCGGCGCCGGCGAGCAAGAUGGGCGCGUUGUCCGUGUCCGUGGUGGUGGAUGCGGUAAUGAGGAAGCUCGGCGCGCUGCUGGGGCAGGAGUACGUGCUGCUCUCCGGCGUCCGCCACAACGUCCGCUUCCUCGAGGCCGAGCUAAGAAGCAUGCGCGCCGUGAUCUACCAUCGCGAGUCCCUCGACGAGCAGGAUGCCCUGUUCUGGCACUGGAUCGACCUCGUCCGCGAGCUCGCCUACGCCGUAGAGGACUGGGUCGACCUGUUCACCAUCCGUGUCGAUGCUGCCGCCGUCAUCUGGGGCAACCCCUCCUUCAGGUCCCAUUCCCAAGGGUGGUUUCGCAGCCCUGCGCGCAAGAUGACAACACUCCCCUCCCGCCGCGUCAUGUCCAGCGAGCUUCAGGAACUAAAGAAGCGUUUCACGGAGAUAGCAGAGCGGCGAGAGCGCUACAAGCAGGUCGCCGCCCCCCUCCCCGCCAAGCUAUCGGUUGUUAAUCCCCGCCUUCCCGCGCUCUACCAAGAUAUUGACAGACUUGUCGGCCUGGCCAGGCCGAUGGAAGAAGUGACCAAGAUGGUUAUCGAAUCUGGGGGCAAGGCUGAGCUCAAGACCGUCUCCAUCGUCGGCAUGGCCGGAUCCGGGAAGACGACGCUCGCCAAUGCGGUGUACAUGCGGCUCAGAGAGGAGAACUGCUUCCAGUGUCACGCGUUCGUCUCUGUCGGACAGAAGCCAGACCUCAAGAAGACUCGCAUGCACUUGCUCUCGAUGCUCGACAACGUGCACCAACAGUUAGAUGGGGACAUUACUACGACAGGCCUCAUCGUGCGGCUCAGACACAUACUGGAGAAGAAAAGAUACCUUAUUGUGGUUGAUGAUUUAUGGACGAAGGAACAUUGGCAACGCAUAAAGUGUUGUUUCCCAGAGAACUCUCUUGGUAGUAGGAUAGUCACCACAACAAGGAAAGCUGCAUUGGCAGCCGAAUGUUCUUCCAGUUCAAGCGAUUGCAUUUACAACAUCGGGCUUCUUAGUGAAGUGGACUCUAAAAAGUUAGUACUGAAUGGAGCCUUCGGUUGUGAGCAUGAUGAUUAUCCUCAACAUUUGGAGGACGUUUUCCCCAAAAUUAUAAAAAGAUGUGGUGGCCUGCCUCUUGCUUUAGUUACUCUAGCAUCCAUGUUAGCAGACCAGUAUUCAAACGAUAAAUGGGACACACCUAUUGGAUGGAGAUGGUUAUCACAUCCAGAUGCAGAACAGAUGAUGCAGACAAUUACUCUUAGCUACAACAAUCUACCACUACAUCUCAAGACAUGUCUGCUGUAUCUAAGCACAUUUCCUGUGAACAAAAAGGUUGACAUAGACCGGUUGGUGAGGCGAUGGAUUGCGGAAGAAUUCAUCUUAAUGGGGCAUGGGGCAAGUGUGGAGGAAACAGCAAGAAUCUACCUGGAUGAGCUCAUUAGUGUGAACAUGGUACAGCCAUUGCUUCUGAACAAGGAUGGCGUAAUGAAUUGCAGGCUUCACCCCGUGAUCCAUGAUUUCCUUGUCUGUAAAUCCAUGGAUGAGAGCUUUAUGACAAUGGUCGAUGCAGAGCAUAAAGAUGUCCCAUCCAACGUCAGCACUAUCCGUCGGCUAUGUCUGCAAAGCAGCAGCAGGCAAAACCAAGACCUGGCACGGAAUGGCUCUACGAACUUAUCACGUGCUCGCUCAAUCGUCAUUAGCCAGGCCAGCACUACGCCUCACUUGACUGAUCUGAGAGUGGUGCGUGUUCUGGACCUCGAAGGAUAUGAUGGGAUAGUAUGCCUUGAUGGCCUGGACAAACUUCUGCUUCUGAGGUACUUGAGCCUCAGAGGCACUAACGUCAGUGAGCUCCCGGAGACACUUGGGGAGUUAAGGUGCCUACAGACACUAGAUGUGAGAUCCACAAAGGUGAAACAGCUGCCUCGCAGCAUUCUGAGGCUACAACAUACUUUGAUGGCUCUUCUCGUUGGUGGUGAAGAAAUGGUUAAUUCGAUUGAAACAACAAGGAUGCCAAAUGAUAUCUGGCAGUUGCGCAAGCUAGAGAAUCUGGCCACUGUUGAUUUAAGGGUGCAACAUGUCAACUUUGUUGAAGAUCUCGGUGCUCUAGAAAGUUUAAGAGUGAUUACAAUAACAUGGUAUUUUCACCAGUGUAGUGACGGACCUCACUGUAAAGAAUUGUUAUCAUCCAUCCAAAAGUGGAGGAAGCUCAAGUCUCUGACCAUUCACUGUGGACUCGGCUGCUCCAUGGAGUUCUUAGGCUUCCUGUCUGAUCCACCUCAGGAGCUUGAGAAGUUCAAGGUUACAGUGGGAAGAUUUGCCUAUGUUCCCGCAUGGAUCAACGGACUCGUAUCUCUGUAUUUCCUGCAAAUCACCAUAUGCAAAAUAGGGACAGAUGAUCUGGACAUACUCAGAACCUUACCAAAAUUGCAGCUCCUGAUACUAGGCUUGGACUUUGUUCCUAGCGAAGCUAUAGUGAUUGAAACUGAGGGGUUUAGUGAGCUUUUGACACUCUCAGUCAAUUGCCCUGCGCCGUGGCUCACUUUUGGGACAGGAGCUAUGCCAAAGCUCACACAUCUUCAACUGGAGUUCUGCUCAGGUUCAGCAAUGCAAGAGAGUGUUCCUGAUGGUAUCGGCAACCUCCAAAGUCUCACGGAGGUAGCCCUCCUUUACAACCAGAACUGGUGUGCUAAUAGCUCUAGUGUCAUAAGGACAGUUGAUGCUGUGAAAAGGCAGGUUGCCAAGCAUCGCAAUCAGAUCAACCUCGUCAUCAACGAUGCUAAAGUUGAUGUCGUCCAAGAGGUUGAUGAGGAGACUGAGAGCACAGUCGAAAUUCAGAGCAGCAUUGUUCAGGUUCAGCAAGUUGGCGAGGAAGUAGUGAGGACAACAGUAGAGACUUGGGGUGAAAUUGAAGAAGUUGAAGGUGAUAACAUUAACCACGCAUAGCUCUCAAGACAAGGAAUGGUGACCCCCAAAGAGGCAUCAGUUGCCGAAAUGAAAGGAGUACACUGCUUCAGUUCAGGUGGAGAUGAGAACAAAGAGUUGCAGGCACUGAUGCUGUUGGCCACUUGCAUCCAUGUCGCCGUGUCCGAUGAUCUACAUUUGCUUGGUCACUCCGUGUUUAUGUUUUCCGUAUCCAAUUGCCGUCUGUGUGUUUGUUUAUGUUGUUGAUUGUAACCAGUAUGUUGUUGGUCCUGUGUGGAAGGAACUCGGUAGCUCUUCUAGUUUCAUCCGGAAGGAAGUUUGCAAGUUCCACAGAGGACGCCUAAGAUUCAGACACUGCACUAUGUGCAUUCAACUCUGUUUCGGAUUGCUUGUAAUAAGGGACUAGCCGUGGUAAUGCAAGAGCCGUCUUGUGAAA